UUGAUCGAUGACAAUAGCCAUGAAUUCAUAUUGUUCAAUAUUUUUUUUUUUUUUUCAUUUCGCUAGUGAUGGUGAUGAUGGCAGAUGUCCUGACUGCAAAUUGUUGAAAUCUGGUCGUAAUAGAGUCAUCAUCAUCAAUAUAUCCCCCGUUAGCCCCACCAAACGCCGAAAAUUCGCCGAAUCGUGACGGUUCAUGGCAGAAAUUCAUUCUUGAAAUAAAUCCAACCAAAAACCAAUCACGUUAUAUGACCGAAACUUCAUGAAACGAUCAUUUCGGGUACAGUGGCAUAUAAUCAACACCAUUUCCAGUAUUUAAUUCGGAACGAUGAUAAUAUUGUGAGUUGGGCGACACGCCUUUUUGUCAUCAUCAUCAUUAAGUGUGAAGAAUUUUCUUCAUGAAGCCAUACACUCACUGUAUGUUGUUCAUGUAUUCCAACAUGGAGCCCAUUUCAUAGUAACAUUUUUAUUAAAGAAAUAUAUCUGGUCACAUAGUUUUUGAAUCAUGGAUAUUCCAUAAGCUCCACCUUCGCCAAAAUAGAUCUAACCAAUCAGAUGAAUUGAAGGGGGUGUUAAUUGUCGUUAUAGGCCUAUCGUAUAACAAUGAUUCAAUGUUCGAUCUACGUGAAUAUGGUGAAUCCAGGAGUAAUGCCAGUUAUUCAGCGGCGGAAUCCAUUUCAGAAUUGGUGAUAAACCGAAAAAGGACUUUUUCCACACACAUAGUCAUCUCACGGUCAUUUGAUCAUUUUGGUUGUUAUCGUUAUUAGACAUAGAUAUGCCUCAUACAGGUAUAAUUAUUGAUGAUUGAAAUUUUAUUGAAAAAUAACCUUAAAGAAAUCAAACGUUUUAAUUAUCUCAUUUAUCAUGAUAAAAGGUCAAGCUGGCAUAAAUCAAUUGGGCGGCGUGUUUGUCAAUGGACGUCCAUUACCGUUACAUGUUCGUCAUCGUAUCAUUGAAUUGGCAUUGCUUGGCGUAAGGCCAUGUGAUAUAUCAAGGCAAUUACUGGUUUCACAUGGUUGUGUUUCGAAAAUAUUGACUCGUUUCUAUGAAACUGGAUCGAUAAAACCGGGAACCAAUCAUUUGAGAGGUGGCAAAAAUAAUCGUUCAGCAAAUAACAAUGGAACCAGUUCCAAUUCCAAUUCAACGCCAAACAUUGUUAAACGAAUACUUCGUUUACGACAUGAAAAUCCGGCAUUAUUUGCUUGGGAAAUACGAGAAUUACUUCGAAAAGAAUUAAAUCAAACGGAAAAUAAUGACAAUAAUAAUGUCGAUGUAACUGAUGCAUCAAUCAUUCAAUCAACAACCAGUAGUAAUCGGAGUUCGUAUCUCUCAUCAUUACCAGGUACAUCAUCGAUGCAUCAUCAUCAACAACAGCCAUCAUCAUCAUCGUCGAUAAUUCGUUCAAAUGUCCAGCCAGUGACAAACUUUGGCCAUCAAGAAAUAAUGGGCCCAUCAUCGUCGGCUUCCACAUUAUCAUCGACAAAUGUCAGUCUGAAUGUCAUAAAUUCAUCCACAAUUGUGCAAUCAUUAUAUCAAUCAACAUCUAGUCAUUGGAACACGAUUAUUGCUCAUUAUCAACAACAACAACAACAACAACAACAACAGCACCAGCAAUAUCCAGAACCAAUCUACAAAGGUAAGUCAAAUAUAGACAUUGGAAUAGAAUUUCAAAUCUUCACAUUCAAACAAUUAUUAGAGCAAGCGAUUCAACAACGCGAACAGCCGAAUCGAUCAAAACGUAAAUUUAAAACAUAUCUUAUUGAUGAAAUACUAAAAAAUGAUGAUGAUAAUAAUACGGAAACGGGAAUGGUUGAUGAUAAUGAUGACGAUAACAAUAAUAAUAAUAAUCGAAUAGAGUCGUGUACAAUCGAUCCAUCGAUUGUGACGGAACGAAAUAAUUCAAACAGUUUAUCACCAUUAAUUAGUGAUCAAAUUAUCAGGAAACCAUCAUCAUCAUCA